GGCCUCUAGGGUUUGUCUUUCAUCUUCUCUUUUCGUCCUUCUUGUUCGGCUUCGUUGAUUCGCAGGAGGUGUAGAGAUUGCAUGCGUCGCUCCUUAGUGACUUUUCGACUUCGCUCCUUCGACGACUUUCCCUACCUGUCGGAUCGGAAGUUACGACAUUUUGAUCGGAAGCAACAAUGGGAGCUCGCUUGCUGUGAAGGUUGCAUUUUCUGAGCACUCUUCUCUUUUAGAGAAGGUAUCUGAUAUUAAACAUGAGAGAGAACAUGACUUUUUAGAAGUACUGGAACAUCUUCAUGAUGCAUCCACAACCUCAAAUGGCUUUGGAAAUUCAUUUACCAUCAACAGAAAGCUCACUGCUGAAUGAUGGAGAUUAUAAAUUUCCUUCGUCUACUUCAGUGGCUAUAAGCACUCAAAAACCUGGGCAGAAAAGAACCCGACAAUGGGCUGCUUGGACGCGUCAAGAACAGGAAAACUUUUUCAGUGCAUUACGGCAAGUUGGCAAGAAUUUUGAGAAGAUAACGUGUCGUGUGCAGAGCAAGAAUAAAAACCAGGUUAGACACUAUUACUAUCGCCUAGUUAGACGCAUGAACAAGCUGCUGAGUCCAGGAUUUUGUCUUGAUGCAAAGAACUCCAAGGACACAAAUGCUGCAAUGCUUCGAUGGUGGUCCCUACUUGAAAAAUAUAGUUGUACUCCUUCAAAGUUGCAUCGCAAACCUCGGAGAUUCAAGAUAUUUAUAGAAGCUUUGGAGAGCCAACUUCUUAAAGAUCGAAAUAAAGCCAGAAGAAAGCGCCCAUGCCAAGGAGAAAACUGUUUAGAAACAUCUUCAGCAUCUUGGAGGUUUUCAGAUCAUGAUUUUGUCGGUGUAAAAACUGCUGUUGCAGAUGCUCAAAAUACGUCAAAAUUAGGAAUUAACAGAGGGCCUUCCUUGAAGCGUAAUACAAACUCAAAUGUCAAUUUCAGUAAAGGGGGUUUCUCUGCCACAAAAGCUACUGGUCAAAGGCAUAGAACAGGUCUUGUCGAAUCUGCAGCAUAUAAGCGAUGGGAAAAGGCUGCAAUGGCUGGUGUUUCCUUGGUUGCUGAUGCGGCUGAGCAAUUAGAGCGUGUUACGAACACAGGAGUUUGCUCUCAUCGGAUUGGAGAAACAGUCUUGCAGACACGGGAGAAGUUGAAGCUCCAACUGUUUCCCAUUGAUGAGGAUACUCGACAGAUACUCGAGAAGGGCGCACAUAAUCCAUUCUUGGAACUUACUUUAAGUGCUCGGAAAAGAAUAUCAUCAGUACUGGAGCAUCUCAAUCGUAAAUGGGGCACAAACACCAUAGAUACCAGGGAACUCUUUCUUUUACCGUACAACAUUCAACAGGAUGACAUAGCCAAGUGCCAAAGAUGGACAAUAAAAGAUGCUGAUUCCACCGCAGCUGAUGUGCAUGCUGCCAUUGGCAAUCCUUCUGUUUUCCGACUAAGGUAUGGUUGGUUCUCUGGUGUUGAACCUACGGCAAUAUUUUCUAUUUCACCUUUAGCACCUGGUCCUGAUGACUGUACGCGCUUAGAAGAUAUUUCUAAAAGAUUCGUCACUUCUGAUACAUCAAAAACCAGUCCACCUAUCAGUUGCACCUCCAAGCUAAGAGGAUCUUGUAAAGGUUCUCCUUUACCCUCUGCAACAUCUGUUGCUGAGAUUAGAGGUCAAACUGAUACUCUCAAACUGAAAGAUGGCUGCCCUGAGUCAUCUGGAAAAUCUUCUUCAUUUACUGUAGAAAAAGCUGAAGAAGGUUCUAGAAACCAGCAAGAAGAUAUGGCUUAUCCAGCAGUAAGGUGCAGUUCAGAUCUCUUAGCCGGGGAAUGGGCUGAUAGUCUAACGAACAUUAGCAUUGGAGAUCUAUUGUUGGAGGCAUCAGAAGUUUCUUCUCAGCAAAAUGCUCUGUGCAUUCAGCAGACCUCUUUUAGCUGUGAUUCAUUUGAUGCUGCAGUUGCAGCCCACAGUUAUUUUCCUCAGUUUACAGGUCUGUCAACUCAGGCUCCAGUUGUUUCUAUCUGGAAUGCUGAAGAGACCUGCGAUGAGUUUUCUUUCAAAAAAGCUCAGCCCCUCAGGGAAAAGGGCUUGAAUCUGAGCGCCACCAUUUCACAAGCGGUUUCUAGAGACACAACAAAUAUGAAUGUUAAGGAGUCUGGACGUCCAAAUGCCAAUACCGGUGAUGAACCAGAAUCUGAAAAUCAUUCAUCUUUUUGCUACAAACAGGAACCAGCUGAAGAUGUCUCUCUCACAGACUUUUAUUGGCCAGAUUCUUUAGGUUCUUUAGGGCAGCUGGAUUUUGAUUUACCGUUUUCCAGAUACCCAGCACAAGAUCUUUCCUUCUCUGAAAGAAGUACAGGCCAAAGUAGCUUUAAUCGCUUGAUACCUAGCUGCUUAGAUGCAUUUCAGAGUGGUUCACUCUUAGGGACAGACAAAAAGGACUUUGAUGAUGAUAAAAUGGACAUAGAGGAUUAGUGACUGAUUUGUAUGUACUUUACCUUUUUACUAAUACAUAUUGUACUGAGCUAAGCCCAGGCUUAGCUGCUGGAUCUAACUGAGCGGCGCUUGUAACCUAAGGGCAAUCGAUAGGUAUAGUAGCUGAGUUCACUAAGUAUAAAGCUCUAGUUCACAGCAUCCUAGUUUUAUUAUUUUAUGUACAGAUAUGAAUUUCCUCUCUCUUAUGUAAUGAUUCCUUUGGAAUGCUUCUCUAACUUCUAUAUCUUGUUCAGAAAGUAAAUGCUGUAUAAGAAAGGAAGCUUUUACCUUGGCA